AUGGAGCUGGAGGUCUCUGACGACACUGAUAUAGAUAAGCUGCUGGAGUUACGAAACAAACUGAUGAGUCAGUUACAAAAGACUGAAUCAAACAGAGUACCAAAAGCUGCAUGCCCUUUUAGGUGUCAGAAGAGACGUUUAAACUGUGAAAACGUCUUGUCAACAAGUACCAUAAAAUGUGCAUCUAGUCUGAAAAGGCCAAGAAGUUCAUCUGAUGAGAAUUCUGCAGAUCAUUCCGCAGACAUACAGAAAACAAUUUUUUCUGAAAAUACUGGCUAUUGUGAAGAAAAUAGUGGCCAAGCUUCAUCUAGUCGUCCGAGUUCAUCAAAUGAACGAAGUUGGUCUUCUUUUUCCAACGAUACAAAUACUUCCAGUGCAUCGAAAAAUCGGGAAGAUAUUUCCUACGCAGCCAGUAAAACUGUUGACAGUCUCUUAUCAAACGACAACGCUUUGUCAUUGGAAGUGAACGCAUCCUCACCAAAUCUUGAUACUCAUAGAUAUCAGGUUAGGUAUUUAACAUUAUGA